AUGCAGGAGGUGUUAUUGGAGUCUGUGCUACAGGAUUUCUUGGAGGACGCUUUGGUCGGAGAGGACCUGGAUGGAAGGUCCAGUGAUGUGCAGAAGAUGGAAGGGCUGCAGGGGAAAGUGGAAGUCUUGGAUAAGCGAGGCCAGGAAACAGUUGUGGUAGCUGAGGUACAUAGGGAGGAUGUACCUGAGGAAGAUAUAAGUUUGGGCGGUAGCUCUAGGAAGCAGCCUAUGGGGUCGUCUGAAUUGGAUGAAGUAUUGAUACCUGGGCAGAGACCAGGGUUCUUAAGCACGAGGGACACAACUCUACCAGGUAACUAUGGCGCUUUGGAUCAAAUAGCAGCGCUACGCUGGGUCAAACAACACGUAGCACAGUUCAACGGUGAUCCCAGCCGGGUCACCCUGGGAGGGUUCUCCUCUGGCGCAUCAUUCGUCCAUCUUCACAUGUUGUCUCCACGAUCCAAAGGCUUGUUCUCGGGGGCGAUAAUGAUGAGUGGAGCAGGAAACUGCUUGUGGUCCGUGGCCGACUACCCCGAGUAUGCCGCAUAUGACCUGGCCAGAGACCUGGACUGCACUACCAGGUCCUCCUUUGCACUCAAGGAAUGUCUCCACCACAAGACAGCUCAAGAGAUUAUUCUCGCCCAGACCAACAGACAUCGCUACGUGUUCUGGCCGAUGAUGUAUCGACCAGUAGUGGACGGAGGCUUGAGAGAUCUACCCUUCCUGCCGGAACCAGUGGAUGUUCUUAUGUCCCGCCCACCAGCCACCCCUGUACCGCUCCUGCUGGGGGGAGUUCCUGAAGAAGGCAUCCUCUAUGCUCUUACGGUAGUGAUUUUCUCGGAGAGCAGAGGGGGGCCCAGCCAGCUGUUUGAGGAGGCUGCUAGAUACACAGUGGAGUCCCUGUGGCCCAACGCCUCCACCACCUCCUCUGUCACUGACUCCAUCAUCUCCUUUUACUACACGCAACAUGCCAGAGACGACAUUAACACCCUGGCUGAGGAGAUGAGCGAGUUCAGGGACCUUUGUUUACUUCCUGUAAGGGAGCGGGGAUUACUUCCCCUUUCCACGCCCAGGAUCCCAGUCUAUACGUACCUGAUGACCCAUCGUGAUGCCAACUCACCAACAUACGCUGCUCCCCUGCAUCAACUAGCUGAUGGUAGAGGCAUCAAGAGUCGUGCUAUCUACUCUGGCAUCUCCCAUGGUGACGACCUUGCUCUCCUCUUCUCACUGCCUUUUAAUUUGGGGCAGCCAGGGCCCAGAGAUCUUCAAAUAUCUGCCCUCCUUACCUUCAUGUGGGCCACCUUCAUGUACACCGGAUCACCGCAGAGGACAGACGUGUCAAGGAAUGGGAUUUCGGCGUGGCUGCCUGUAGUACCUGGAGAACCAGUGUCUUAUUACAGAAUAUCUUUCAACCCAGGCAUGUCCUCCACACCCUUCAGAAGCAAGGAGCGGAACCUCUGGAGGCAGACGUUGACAUACCUGGAUAACGUCUCAGAAACCUCAAAUGCAUAUUUUGCCUCCACCUGGGUGCUGCUGGUGCUAGUGCUGCUGCUGGUGAUGGCGGUGCUGGUGGUAGGGGCGUGUGUCUGGAAGAUGAGACGGAAAGAUAAGUAUCCACAAGGCUCCCUUACUCUAAGGAGUCGCAUUUCCCGGAACCCAUCUCCUGCCUCUUCCCGCAAUGAAUAGUUCGGCCUCUCUCCUGCCUCUUCCUGCAAUGGAUAGUUCGGCCUCUCUCCUGCCUCUUCCUGCAGUGGAUAGUUGGGCCUCUCUCCUGCCUCUUCCCGCAGUGGAUAGUUGGGCCUCUCUCCU